AUGAUCCAACAGGCGCAUGAAGCGCGACAUCAUCUUCCCGGGAUGCUUGGUAGUCUUGAUUGUACGCAUGUCGAAUGGAGGUACUGUCCAAGGAGUUUGAAAGGGCAAUACACACGUGGGGAUCAUAAAGUCCCUACGAUCAUGAUUGAGGCUGUCGCUUCACAAGAUUUAUGGAUAUGGCAUUCGUUUUUUGGUCCUCCCGGGUCAAAUAACGAUAUUAAUGUGUUGAAUCAGUCGCCUUUGUAUGACACGGUUCGAAAUGGGACGACUCCAAACUCAUCAUUCAUUGUUCGCGGUCGCUAUUACAAACAUGGCUAUUUGCUAACCGAUGGGAUUUAUCCUAGGUGGUCUACGUUUGUUAAAGCUUAUCCACACCCUGUCGAUCCAAAAGAAAAGAAGUUCAAGAGAGUACAAGAAGCGGCAAGAAAAGAUAUUGAAAGGGUUUUUGGUGUUCUUAAGGGAAAAUGGAAGAUUUUGGAGCGCCCGAUUUGUUUUUACGAUUUAGACAAGAUCGGCAAAAGUCGUCGAAGCGUGUUGUAA